ACACACACACACACACACACACACACACACACACACGCGCAGAUCUGCUCUGGGUGACCACACAGUGACCAGACUGAUGACAAUGUUCCCUCUCUUCCUUUCCCACCACAGAACACUAUUUCAUCACACACACCUAAAAAGGAAGCAAUGUUUUUUUUCUUCUCUCUAACAGCAAUACAUCAUGCUAUCUAAUCCAUCUCUCUAGCAGUGGGUGUGGAUCAAGGUGUGCUGACAUAAUAAUUUGUUUUUAAAAACAGGAAAGAGAAGUAACAAUUCAUAGACAUUUGCAAUGACUUGCAGUACAGCUUUAGUAUUUCAUCAAAUAGAGUCAUUUUGGCCCUGCUCAUCUCUCUUGCAAAACAAAUGAUGUCAGCUUUAACUACAGCCUAACUAAUGACUGAGCUUUCACUAACUCCUAACUAAGCUUUAAUGACAGCCCGUGCACUACUACACACAGACAGAGACAGAGCGGAUGGUGACGGGAGCAGAGGCAUUUAAGAGAGAGAAAGAAAACAGAGAGAAAAGAGAUGAAGGGAAAGAGAGUAUGAAGAGAAAGAGAGAGAUGAAUAGAUAAAGAGAGAGAGAGAGUGGGGGUAAGUGAGGAGAGGCUGAGAGAGAAAAUCAUUUAAGUAGCUAAAUGAAACGAGCAGGUAGAGAUAGCCCCGGGGCAGAGAGGCGGCUGUCUCCUGAGGCUGCAUUAAACGGCCAGAGGCUCUCCUCUCCUCUCCUCUCCUCUCCUCUCACCUCCUCGCCUCUCUUUACACAUUUGCUUCUUCGUCACGGCUUUUUGCUUAUAAGCAUGUUGGCGUGUGUGUGUGUGUGUGUGUGUGUGUGUGUGUGUGUGUUGGAGGGGGGCACAGUUGGAGUAUAUAGCGAGUAGAGGGUCUGACUGCAGAGACGGCGUCUCCUGAUUCGUCAAAGUCAGAGGCAGUUGAGCAACUUCAAGAUUCCACUGAUUAGUGAGCAGGAAAUUGGGGUUGCCACACAUAUCCUCUCUCUCGCUCACUCUUCACGCCUCCCCCCCUCACCCAAACCUACAAGAUGACCGGCAUGAACCCUGGAGGCUUCAGCUCAUCCACCGGUUUGUCCUGGGCCAUGUACCUGAUGAGGAAGGGCCGAAACAGCAACUCUCUCUUUGACCCUACCCCAGGGCGCCGCUUCACUCCCCCCUCCACCACCCUGGGGUCCGGUGGGAAGAUGAGCGAGGGUCUCCCCCUCGGCGCCCAGGAGGGCAGUGGUGCUACCCUGGUGGGCAAGCUCCGCAUGGCGGACAGGAGCAUGGUGGAGGUGCUGUCCGACCAUCCAGGGGAACUGGUACGGACCGACAGUCCCAACUUCCUGUGUUCCGUGCUUCCCACUCACUGGCGUUGUAACAAGACCCUGCCAAUUGCAUUUAAGGUGGUGGCCUUGGGAGACAUUCCCGACGGAACGCUGGUGACCGUGAUGGCGGGGAACGACGAGAACUACUCGGCAGAGCUGCGCAACGCCACGGCGGCCCUCAAGAACCAGGUGGCACGCUUCAACGACCUGCGCUUCGUCGGCCGAAGUGGUAGAGGUAAAAGUUUCACUCUGACCAUCACCGUGUUCACAAACCCACCCCAGGUGGCCACCUAUCAGCGCGCCAUUAAGAUCACAGUGGACGGGCCUCGAGAACCACGCCGACACAGGCAGAAGCUGGAGGAGUCAGUGAAGCCCGGCACGCUGGCCUUCUCUGAGCAGCUCAGACGCAGCGCCAUGCGGUGCAGCCCCAACCCCAACGCCCGCAACACACUCACCACGCCACCCUUCGGCAGCCCCGCACACACACAGCUGCCCGACUCCAGGCAGAUGCAGACGUCUCCGUCCUGGUCCUAUGAGCAGCCAUACCCCUACCUGAGCCAGAUCUCCACGCCGACUGUUCACCCGACAACGCCCAUCUCGCCCAGUCGCAACUCUAUUCACUGCUCUGAGCUAACAGCAUUCAGUGACCCCCGCAUGACCCUGGAACGACCUUUCACCUCACUGUCCACAAUUCCAGAUGGCCGCUUCUCAGACCCACGCAUGCACUACCCGACCGGAGCCUUCCCGUACCCUCCCACGCCGGUCACCAACGCCAUUGGUAUCGGAAUGUCAGCCAUGACGGGCCCGACCGGCCGCUACCCUACCUACUUGCCUCCGCCUUACCCCUCUGCCUCCUCCCAAGGUCAAGGUGGUCCAUUCCAGGCCAGCUCGUCUCCCUAUCACCUCUACUAUAGCACAACAGCUGGGUCAUACCAAUUUUCCAUGAUGGCAGGGGGAGGUGGCGGGGAACGGUCACCUCCUCGCAUCCUGCCCCCCUGCACCAAUGCCUCCACUGGCUCCACCCUCCUCCACCCCUCCUUGCCCAAUCAGAGUGACGUUGUCGUGGAGACGGAGGGGAGCCACAGUAGCUCUCCCACCAAUAUGUCGGCAGAGGCGGUGUGGCGGCCAUAUUGAGUGCCAUAGCUUUGAGCUUUGAAGGACUUCUGGACUGACCACUGGCCAAACAGCUGGUGGUUUCCCAUUAGAGGAAUAGACUCCUAUAGAUGUGUGACACCAGGACUGUAGAUUGUAUUUUACACUGAGGAGCAUGUAAGACUCGCAUUUGUUUUGCUAAAGAGUUGCAGAUAGUCUGUGUUUAAUAUUGUUGUUUUAAUUAUUUUUUAAUAUUGUUAUUGUUGUUGUUAUUAUUAUUGUUAUUAUUAUUAUUGUCAUCAUUAUUACUGUUAUUACUGAUAAUGGUGGAUUAUUUUAGGAGUGUUAAUGGAUUGCCCAUGUAUGUCAACACUGCUUCCUUUUUAUACAUGCACCCCACACACAC